CAUCUAAUUUUUGCUUGGCCUGAUUUUGUUACUAGUAUCUCAACUUCCUCUAAUUUCUUCUGCUAAUCCUGCAGGGCCUUUUUCAAUGGCGUUUCUAGUACAACCUAUCAUGGAAUUGGUAAAGUAUAUGGGGAGGUCAACCUGCACUUAUCUAGAUUAUCACUUAAAUUUUGAUGAAGCUAUGAGUGAUCUGAGAAGAGAAUUGCAAGUUCUAAACAGGCGAAAAGAAGAUAUAAAUUUAAGCAUACAGUCUGAGGCUGGUUGGAGAAAGGAAGUAAAACAUGAAGUGCAAGGCUGGCUUGAACAUGUACAAGAAUUCAAUAAUGAAUUGCAAGCCAUUCAAGAAAAGAUUCAAAGAGUUAAGUGGUACUCAAAAGGCCGUCUUGGGAAACUUGUUUGUAAGAAAAUUGAGAUGGUGAAGAUAAUCUAUGAACAAGGCAGUUUUGCUGAUGGUCUCAUAGUCACAAUUGAUAGAUCUCCAACCCGAGGAAUCAUAUUGCCAACUGAGAAUGUAGUGGGUGAAGAUUUUGCAAAAGAAAAAAUUUGGGGAUACUUAAUGGGCAAUGAGGUUGGAAAGAUUGGAGUUUGUGGGAUUGGUGGCGUUGGGAAGACUACCAUCAUGAAGCAUAUUUAUAAUGAAUUGUUGAGAGUGACCGAUUUUGAUAGAGUGAUUUGGGUCACUGUGUCUUACCCACUCAAUGUCAGCAAAUUACAAGAAAACAUUGCUCGUGCUGUAGUUCUGGAUGACCGAAAGGGACUCCGAGGAGGUGGGGAUAAAGAGAGGCAAGCGUCUGAAUUGAUGAGCCUUAUGGAAGAAGUAAGAUCCGUGCUAAUCGUAGAUGAUGUCUGGGAAAAGUUUUCUCUCAAGGAAGUGGGAAUUCCAGAACCAACAACUCAGAAUGGAAGCAAAAUAGUUAUCAUUAGUAGAUCCAUUGAGGUGUGCCAAAGAAUGGGCUCAGAGAGUAUGAAGGGAGAAGAUGAUGUUAAAGUGUGGAAUAAUGCCUUGACUGAAUUGCGGGAACAGAUGCAUUAUGUAGUAAGAGAUAUGGCUAUCAAAAGCAUUGGUCCUGAAUCUGGAUAUAUGGUAAAAGCUGGUAUGAAAUUGAUAGAGGUACCAAAUGAGCGUGGGUGGGGAAAUGAUCUUAAGAAAGUGUCUCUAAUGCUGAACAACAUAUCAAAAAUUCCCCUUGGGUUGUGCCCAAAGUGUCCAACUCUUUCAACUUUGAUAUUGUCAAAUAAUUAUAAAUUGUUAGAGAUCCCAGAAUCCUUCUUUGAAGGGAUGCCUGAACUAAAGGUUCUUGAUCUUUCUAAUACUAAUAUUGAAGCCUUACCUGAUUCCAUCUCAAACUUGGAGAAGCUCUCUUCCCUGAGGUUAAAGUGGUGUAAGAGGUUAAGGUAUCUGCCUUCUUUAGCAAAGCUUAGGGCAUUAAAGAAGUUAGAUCUGUAUAGUUCCAAGAUUGAGGUGGUCCCUGAAGGCAUGGAGAAAUUGAUUAGUUUGGAAUAUCUUGAUUUAAGUAAUUGUUACAAUCUAAAAGAGAUUCCAAUGGGAAUGUUAUCAAACCUUUCCAAUCUCCAAUACUUGUUAGUUUAUGGAGAAUUGAAGAUAAAAGGAGAAGAGAUUGCAAGAUUGAGCAAGUUGGAGACCUUUGAAGGUGUAUUCUAUGACAUACAAGGCUACAAUUAUUUUGUCAACUCUCAAGAUUUCCAAAUUCUUACUGACUACAAGAUUGUAGUAGGAGAUCAAUUCUCGGGAAUUGACCAAAAGAAACCUGUGGUUAAUAUUAAUAAUUGCGACUUAGGAGAAGAAUGCAUAGUGCUUCCAGAUAACCUUCAGAAUUUGGUGAUCGAGGAGUGUAAAAACAUGAGAAGUAGCUUAAACAAAGCAGUUUUGUUAGAAAAGACAACCGAGUUGAGUUACUGUGUUAUUAGGGAUUGUGAAGAUAUGAAGUGUGUGGUUCACUUGGACUCAUCCUCCUGUCCAGUACUGGAGAAGAUUGAAGAGCUGUUUCUUUGGUAUUUGCCUAAAUUGAGUGUACUUAUGAGAGUGGAAGGAGUAGCAACACCACUACACGUCUUUUCCAAUCUUAAAAUGCUUCGUGUUUGGUUUUGUUCAAGACUGAGGAAGUUGUUUCCGCUUGAGCUGCUGCAGGCCUUCCAAAACUUAGAGGAGAUUGAUGUUUAUUGGUGCAAACAAUUGAAAGAGAUAAUAGCAUUAUCAGAUUCAGAUGCAUCAUCGGAUAAAUUCACUUUUCCCAAGUUAAGGAGAUUGCUCUUGAGCAAUUUACCCCAACUGAAGAACAUCUGCAGUGCCAAACGAGUUGUGGUUUGUGAUUCUGUUGAAGAAAUUAAAAUGUUGAAAUGUCCAGAGUUAAAGAGGAUCCCAGUACAGCUUCCCCUGCUUGAUAAUGGCCAACCAUCUCCUCUUCCUCGUCUCAAAGAAAUCCAGAUAGAUGAAGAGUCAAAAGAAUGGUGGGAAUCAGUGGAGUGGGAUCAUAAGAACCUACUUCAACCUUUCUUGAAAUACAUAUGAUGACUAAGGGUUGAAUUGAAGUGAAGAAACGAAUAUGAUCCAG